AUGUCAGAAAAAGAAAAGAAGAGUAGAAACACAAUAUAUCUUCCCGAGGAUUUGAUUGUGGAGAUACUCUCAAGGGUUCCGAGGACUUCACUGGCACGGUUCCGAUCUACCUCAAAAGGGUGGAAUGCUCUUAUAGAAAAAGAUGAGAGACUUGCUAAGAACAGCUCUCUAGUUGUCAUGUUAAUUUAUCGUAAGGUUUAUUUGGUUAGGCUUGAUCUCCACGGAAUUCAGGACGACAACAUUGUAAAGGUAAUAAGUCAGUUCAGCCUCAAUGACCCUCUUUCAACUUAUUCUUUGAAAGAAGUUGAUAUACACAAUGUCUUUCACUGCGACGGCCUAUUGCUGUGCACCACCAUGGACGGAAGACUGGUUGUUUGGAAUCCAUGUUCAGGGGAAACCAGUAGAAUUAUCACACCCUUACAGCCUUACAAUACUUCCGAUACCUACGCGCUCGGUAAAUCCUCAUGCAACAACGAGUACAAAAUUUUGAGGGUCCAUCAUGGACAUGAUGGACGUGGUUACGGGCAACCAUGCCUAGUUAGGUACGAAAUAUAUGACUUUACAUCUAUUUCGUGGAGGGUUGUUGGUGAGACUAGAGACUGGUCCAUUCCACGUAUCUGGCGACAUGGCACGUCUGUGAAUGGAAAUACUUACUGGCUUACUUAUACUUAUAGUCAAGAUUCACCAACAGGGAUGGGGAAUACCUUACGUUGUUUUGAUUUCUCAACAGAGAGGUUUGGAUGUGUGUCUCUUCCGAGUGAUCCUCUUUCUUAUAAUGUUUUUGCUUUAUCAGUGACUAGAGAAGAUCAAAAUCUUUGUCUGUUAACUUCUCGUGAUGAGGUACACGAUAUAGAUAUAUGGAUGGCAACAAAUAUUAAAAGUACCGGGGACAUGUCUUGGACAAAAAUUAUAAAAGUCGAAAGAACCCAUCCACGGGAGUUUCUUGGGCUUCGUACUGAGAUGACUUUCUUGGUCGAUCGGGAUCAUAAAGUUUUACUGCAUCCCACUAAAUAUAAGAACUUUAGUAACUGCUUACACAUUGUGGGAAAGGAUAAAUACAUACAAGUGGACCUUCAUGAUGUAGGAUCUAAACGCUCACUUCCUGUCAGCAAUGAUCCAACUUUGGUUCAAAUCCAACAAGGUUCGUCGGGGGUAGACAAAUGGAAAGCACCAAUAACCAAGUUUUCAUGAUAUUUGAUAUAUUAAAAUGUAAGUCGUGCUACCUAUAAUGUUUUAGUUUCUUAUACAAUUCCAAUGUUUUUGGUUUCUCUCUUAUUAAAUAAGCAAGCUGUAACGGCCCAGUUCCUGGCCCAAAAACUUCUUAAGGAGAACCCGUUAAGACUGCAGCCCAUUAGGGUAAAUGACCUAGGGUUCCCUCCUUUUCCUAUAAAUAAAGCUGCCUCCUCUCAUUUUUCUCUCAUUCUGAAACUGGAGCGAAGCUCUGCAGAGUUUUAGAGAGAUUAGGAAACCCUAGCCGUCAAGCUUCUCUUUUCCUCUUCUCUCUUCUUCUCUCACGCCUCCUCUCUCUCCCUCUCCCUCUCCUUUCUCUUUCCGUUGGAUCUCUUCCUCUCUCCUCGCCGUGAGUCCCCCGAGAGCAAGCCGAGCCGCCGAUGGUGGUGGUUGUGUGGUGUUGUGGUGGUGACCAGAUCUCGUCUCUCUUGUUUACUUGUUCCAGAUCUGUUCAGAUCUCAUCCCCUUUGUCUCUUGUUCCAGAUCCAGAUCUAGGCUAAGGUGGAGUGUCUCGAACCCAACCUUCUCUCAUGAUUCUGUAUACUCCUUUAUGUUGGAGUUAGGUUGUUUAGACCCUGUUUGAGAGUUAGGUUGAUAGAACAUGAUAAUUGCUAGGAUGAUAGAUGAAUGAAUCAUGAUGCAUAAGAACCCUCAUACUGUUAACGGGACUUGAUGAACUGAUCUAUGUUGUGGUGAUGUUGAUUGGUUGAUGAGUGAUGCUUGUAUGUUUGGAUGUGUAGUCCCAUGUAUGGUUUGUGAAUAAAGCUAGGGUGCUAGAAAGAAUGAAUGCUAAGAUGAUAGACGACCAUUAAUUGCUAUUGAUAUUGUAAGUGAAGCUUGAGUGCGAUGUGUAUUGUGUGUGACACCGAUAACGGGUGGCGUCUAGUGAUUGAGUCCAGGUACAAGUCCAAAUGAAAAGGAAAAGUAAAUGAAAAAUGAGAAGGGAUAAGUGUAAAUGAUAAGGAUGUGAAAGGAUAAGUGAAAGUAUAGGAGAAUAACGUUAAGGUUAAGCAUGGGUGGGAAAGCAUAUAGAGUCUAAGGAAAGUAUGUGGGGUAGUAGUCCACGCUAGGUAUCCAUAGGAGAUGUGGCCAAUCCACAAGAAUAUGGAAGCACCCAUAGGAGAUGUGGCCAAUCCACAAGAAUAUGGGGUAGAAGCCUAGUAGGGGCUACCCACUGAUGAUAAGUAUGUGUGGCAGUAGUUCCACGCUAGGUAUCCAUAGGAGAUGUGGCGAAUCCACAAGAAUAUGGAAGCACCCAUAGGAGAUGUGGCCAAUCCACAAGAAUAUGGGGUAGAAGCCUAGUGGGAGCUACCCACUGUUGAUAAGAACGUGUGCCAACCGCGAGAGGCGGGAUAUAAAAACGUGCAUCAUGGUCGGGUAACGGGGAGUUAAAGGUGUCAUAGGAUCGAGUCGGACUGGUAAGAUGAGUCGGUUAAGUCUAGGGUUUGACGUGUGUGGCAAUGAGUGAGAUCAUUGUUUUGAUUGAUCACUAGGUUGAUAGAAAUGUAUGGAAUUGAAUGUUUGGAAUUAAUGAUGACGAUAUGUAAUGAUAAAAUGCAUUUAACUGAUUGUAGUGGCUAGUCAGUCCUAGUUCCCGCAUAGAGUAGUAUAGAGUGUCAUGCGGGCAGGCUGGUCUAGAACCACUUCACUGAGUAACUUGUUGCUCACCCCUCCAUUUCCAUUUUUCCCUGUGCGCAGGACUGUAAGUAGAAGUAUAUGGAUGUGGGUGUGACGGUAUUUCAAAGAAGGUUAUGCGCUCGUCUCUCGGGACCAGUAACGGGACACGUAGGGUUGUCUAAAUGAGUAGACACGUGUCCAUAACGCCCCUUCGAUAACCCCGGUCGGACGCCGGGGGAUCGGGCUGUUACACAAGCCUUGUCCUU